AUGUGGGCGGACGUCGCUGGCCCCCUUCGCUCCUCAAAGUACCCUAUCAUCGUCCCAGACAUGCUAGGUUACGACGGUACUGACAAACCCACUGAUACCUCUGCAUACCGCUGGGACGGCAUGGCCAAGGACUUGAUUGAAAUCAUCGAAGCAGAGCAACACGAGAAGGUGGUAUCCAUUGGCCACGACUGGGGUUCCGUUGCCGCCAGUCGAUUGUGCCAACACUACCCAGACCGAGUCGUCGGACUCAUCAAUCUCAAUGUACCAUAUACUCCUCUAUUCUGCCAACCUUUCGACCUCAAAAUGAUGAACGACACGACUAAGGAACACUUUGGAUACCGAAUCUUCUCUUACUGGGAAGUUUUUACCGCCGACGACGGCGCAGAAAUCAUAGACAAGAAUCUAGAGCGUUUAUAUAGUGCUAUGCAUGGCCAAGGAGAAACAAUGAAAGACCUUUUCUGCACGCCAGGUGCAUUGCGCGAGGUACGUCACUUUACAUCUAUACGAAUUACUCAAAUCGCAAAAGGCCUCCACCAAGACCAAACUAACUACACAGUCAUGUAUGACUUACCACAACUCCCGCUAACCUCAAACUAG